AAUUAUUAGCAUUUUAUGUACAAAGAAAAUUUGUCUACGUUCUUGUUGUCACACAUGAUUCGUCUCAACACGUUUGACAGCUUGCCUUCAAACCGCGGAACCAACGAAAAUCGCGCUUUUUGUGUGCAUGUAAACAAAAUUUUAUCAGCUGGUGUUUGAUAGUGUUUUAAAGCCUUUAACUACUUCAGUUACACAAAACAUCAGACAUAUUGUCUAACGUAUUCCACAAACCUGAAAAUGGUGGAAAGGAUUGAAGAUUUAAAUCUGCCAAACACGUCGGUGACUAGGCUGAUCAAGGAAGCCAUACCGGCCGAUGUGAAGGUAUCGAGCGAAUGUCGCAUCGCGUUGGCCAGAGCAACAUCGGUAUUCGUACUGUAUCUCACAUCGACAGCCACGACCGCGGCCCAGCAAAAGAAUCAAAAAUCCCUUUCUGCCGACCACGUUCUGAAGGGUCUGGAGGAAAUUGAAUUCGAAAGCUUCAUUCAACCGCUGAAAACCGAACUAGAGAAUUUUAGAAAGAUGAUUAAAUCGAAAAAAGAUAAGAAAGCCGCCAAACCUGACACGGACACUACAGUGGAGGGGGCCGUAAUUGAUCUGGAAAACAUGCAAAACUCAUAAGGACAAGUCCAUCAACAUUGACCGCCGUACACAGUUUAGUAUGUAAGCAAUAAACAUAUUAUUUUGUAAUAAAAUUGUCCAU